AUGAUAAUUAGGGCUUGUGAGCUAUGCAAUACAGAAGCUGCCAUUUAUUGCGCUUCUGAUUCAGCAUUUCUUUGCCGGAGCUGCGAUGCCAAUGUUCAUGAGGCCAACUUUCUUGUAGCUCGCCACCUUCGUCAGAUCAUUUGCUCCCAAUGCAAAGGCCUCACCGGAAAUUUCAACUCCGGCGUCGGUUUAAAGGCGUUAUCGGCGAUUUGCUCUUCCUGCUGGUCUCCGUCCGCCGGAAUCGACUCGGAUUCCGAUAAUCUGUCGUCUUCAAGUUCUUCGAUUUGUGUUUCAAGCACCACUACUCUGAAGAAAGCAUAUUCCGAUCGCCGGAAAACCUGUGGGUUUGACUCUACGACGCCGGUCAAUGACGGUUCAUGUGAGUUCACGUCGGGAAAGUCUACGAAGAAUCAAAGAGAAAUGAAUUCCAUUAGAUCAAAAUCUCCGUCGAAGGUGGAUUGGAAAACGGAGGGCGUUUUUGUCAAUUGGUCUGGAAAACUUGGACUUCGUACCAACGACGCCGUACGGGUGGCCUGUGAUGCAUUGACGGCGUGCUUGGAUAAAUUGCCCUUCCGGGUGUGCCUAGCGGCUUCGAUGUGGCUCGGUUUGAGAUUUUGUGGCGACAGAUUGGCUUUGACUAUGCAAGCUUUGCAGCAGCUUGAGGAGAUGUCCGGCGUGCCGGCUAAGCUCAUAUUGGUCGGCGAGUCGAAGCUCCAACGGUUUCUGAAGGCUAGAAGACAUCAUCGGCGCGACCAUCAGCUGAAGGAAGGCUGGGCUGAGUGUUCGGCUGGCACUUUUGAUUAG